UAAGUUGAACGUCAUAAACCGCUAAGGCUAGGGGCUAUCAAGCACGCCCUCAGUUGACGAUUGAGCGCGCUCCUGUGAACUAUGCAGAGUAAAUAUUGUUUUAUUGCUGUAGUCGUGACUGCUCUGUGUCUAAGAGUGGAAGCAACGCGAGCCAGCUCCGAAGUAUGUUUCCCGCCACAUUUCAUGUUUGGUGUUGCUACCGCCGCUUACCAGAUAGAGGGCGCCUGGAACGUGUCAGGUAAAGGCGAAUGUAUCUGGGACCGAUACACGCACACCCACCCGGAGCGCAUCUUUGACCACAAGACGGGCGACGUAGCCGCCGACGCCUACCACAAGGUCAAGGAGGAUGUUCGCCUACUGGUAGAGCUGGGCGUGCACCACUACCGUUUCAGCAUCUCCUGGCCGAGAAUAUUGCCCACUGGUCUCAGCAAUGACAUAAACGAGGACGGCAUAAGGUACUAUAGCGAGCUGGUCGACCACCUUCUAGCGCACAACAUCGUGCCUAUGGUGACCCUGUACCAUUGGGACCUGCCCCAGUCGCUGCAGGAUCUCGGCGGCUGGACCAACCCCAUCAUUGCCGAAUACUUCCACGACUACGCUAAGGUUGUGUUCGAGCACUUGAGCGACCGCGUCAAAGUGUGGUUCACGUUCAAUGAGCCGCUGUCCUUCUGCCAAGAGGGGUACGGCGGCACGGACGCACCCGCAGGCAACAGCAGCGGCUUCGAGGACUACCUCUGUGGUCACAACGUGCUGCGCGCGCACGCCAACGUCUACCGCAUGUUCGAGCGAGACUACAGGCACACCGGCGGUGCCGUUGGCAUAGUGCUGGACUUUGCGUGGAUGGAGCCCGCGAGCACAGCUGCAGAGGAUCAGAAGGCGGCUGAAAUAGCGCGGCAGUUCCAAUUUGGCUGGUUUGCGCAUCCCAUCUUCUCCCCCGAGGGCGACUACCCGCCUGUGAUGAAGCAACGCAUCAACGAGAUCUCCAAACGUCAGAACUUCCCGCGCUCCCGUUUGCCGGUGUUCACGCAGGAGGAGGUGGUUUCCUUACGAGGCUCCUCCGAUUUCCUCGGCUUGAACCAUUACACCACGCGUCUGGUGGCGGCGGGCAGCGGCAAGAUAUACCCCCAGCCAUCCUUCUAUACUGACAUGGGCGUCGUCAUUACACAGAACCCGGACUGGCCGCGGACUAAUUCCACUUGGCUUAGAGUGGUGCCUUGGGGUUUCCGUCGUGCUUUGAACUACAUCCGCGUGUCGUACAACAACCCGCCGGUGCUGGUGACAGAGAACGGCGUGUCGUUGCCGCGGAUGACACACGACGUGCGGCGCGUACAAUACGCGGCGGGCUAUCUGCGCGCGCUGCACGAGGCUAUGCAAGACGGGUGCGACGUACGCGGUUACACGCACUGGAGUCUCAUUGACAACUUCGAAUGGACAAGGGGAUAUUCAGAACGUUUCGGUCUAUACGACGUGGAGUACGCGUCUGCGGCGCGCACGCGCUCGCCGCGUCUCUCCGCGCGGUUCUACGCGAAGCUGACGCGCACUCGCUGUUUGCCCAACACAUGGGAAUAGAUACUUAAUAAAAUUGUAUAUAAAUUUUAUUAUUUAAUUAUUUUUUUAUUAUGUAAACUAUACAGUACUUUUACAUUGUGUUGAAAUACUGUGGGUCUUCAAGACUAAAAG